AUGGCUUGGAAUUGUAAAGGGGCGGCUGGGAAGCCUUUUGGCCGUACCCUGACUGAUUUUUUGAAGGUGUAUAGAACGGACAUUGUGAUUCUGCUGGAGACUAGAUGCAGUGGUGAUAAGGCCAAAAAUGUGAUUAGAAAGCUGGGUUUUAAUUUCUAUCAUAUUGAGGAGGCUGUCAGCUUCAGUGGGGGGAUAUGGAUUAUGUGGAAUGAUGUAGACAUCGAUAUUUCUGUGUUAGUGUCUAAAGCUCAGCAUGUGCAUUUGGGAAUUAAAAGAGGUAUACAGGAAGAGUGGCUUCUUACGGUAGUAUAUGCAAGCCCACAGGAAGGUAGAAGAAGAGAGCUAUGGCAUGAUCUAAGGAAUCUUCAACAGAACAUAAGGCAAGGUUGGUUAGUAAUUGGAGACUUCAAUGACAUUGCUGACCCUUCCGAAAAGAAAGGUGGAGGAAGAGUGGAUAUAGGAGCUUGCCGAAGAUUUAGAAAAUGGAUUGAUGAUUGCUCGCUUAUUGACCUUGGAGCUGUUGGAAAUCGAUUCACGUGGAGAGGCCCAAAGUGGGAGAAUUUAGAUAGAGUUUUCAAGCGUUUGGAUAGAGCAAUGUCGAAUGUGACCUGGAGGACCAGGUUCCCAGAGGCUCGGGUGGAAGUCUUGGCAAGGAUUAAUUCUGAUCAUCAUCCCUUAUAUGUGACUAUGCUGCCAUGUACACAGAAAAUUCAAAACAAACCCUUCAGAUAUGAAGCAAUGUGGGAAUUACAUCCUGAAUUCAAUGACUUUGUCAGAGGACACUGGAAAAAUAGCAUCAACCUGAAUCAAUCUCUGAAUUAA